CCUAUGAAGAUGGCCAGGCGGAGGAUGUUGUAGCUCAAAAACACAGCACAACAAAGGAAGCCAUUGAAGUCUGGUCAGGUGCUUAUCGGAUUGUUCUCACACACUUACGGCAAAGACAUCCAAAGAUUCCUGCAGUUGAUGAUGCAGCUAUGCAUAAAACAUGCAUACCCUUUGAUUUGAUGAGUAUCAAUCUAGCAGAUUUGCCUUCGCUCCCUAAAGUUCUUCCAUACCUUAAAUUGCUUUGUAAAUAUGAGUAAGAUGAUGUUAUUGAUGCUAUAACUGUAUCUUCUAACUAGAGAUGGGUGUUUGCCUCGGCCCCGCGGGGAUUCGGACCGACCUGGCCUGAAUGGGACGGGGAAUCCCCGAAGAAUUCGGCGAUUGGGCCGGGGAUGAUCCUUAGAAAAAUCCCCGCACCCGGGGACGGGCCGGGGGAGGGGACAGUGCAAUCCCCGGCCCAACCCGUCCCCGUGAAGGCCCGCCCCUGGUGAGAUGUCUGUUAUAUAUGUUUGUGAAUUGCCUGAACUCAUGGGAAAAUUUGAUCCAAAAAAGGCUGUGGCUCUCAGCUUGAAACCUGGGCCAAAAUUUAGUGAACUGCAAUCUGGGAAGUCUGUGAAGUCGGAUAGCUAAGACAUCAUGGUUCAUCCAAGUGAUGUAAUGGGCCCAUCUGUUCCUGGUCCCAUUGUACUCCUCGUUGAUUGCCCAACAGAAGCCCAUGUACUGGAGUUGUUGUCUGUGGAAUCUCUCAGUAGUUACUCUGCAGAUUGCUCACAAGAAUGUGCCAAGACUGUGAAUUUUAUCAUUCAUUUAACUCCUACUUCUGUCACAGCCACUCCCAAUUACCUGAAAUGGAUGAAGAGAUUUGGUUCAGCAAAACAUAUUAUGGCUGGACAUGAAAUGAAGAAUGUGGAGAUUCCAAUUCUGAAAUCCAGUGCAAGAAUAGCAUCACGACUUAAUUACCUGUGCCCACAAUUAUUUCCAGCUUAAGGUUUUUGGUCUCUUCAGCACCUUAAUAAUUCCACAACAAAAUCUAGUGCUAGCAAGGGUCCUGAUUCAAUGCCUUCUGAAAGUAUUUCUGCUGAAAAUCUCCUUAAGUUCACUCUGCGUCCUCAUGCUCAACUUGGAUUUGAUAGAACAAAUAUCCCGAGUCUGGUGGCUCCCUCUCAAAUAAUGGAUGAUUUACUUUCUGAGAUUCCAGAGAUUGUCGAUGCUGCACAACAUGUCAGCCAAUUCUGGCAAGAGCAUACAGGGACAAAAGAGGCAAUAUCUCCUGUGCAGGAAAACGAACUGAUGAUUGAGGAGCCAUGGUUGGAUGAGAAUAGACUUCCUAGUUGUUUGGAAAAUGUAAGGAAGGAUGACCUGGAGAUUGUUCUUCUGGGGACUGGUUCAUCCCAGCCUUUUAAAUACCGGAACGUUAGUUCUAUCUAUAUUAAUCUUUUUUCUAAAGGAAGCUUGCUCUUAGAUUGUGGGGAAGGAACCCUGGGACAGCUGAAAAGAAGAUAUGGUGUAGAGGUUGCUGACAAUGCUGUGAGGAAUUUGAGUUGUAUUUGGAUUUGUCAUAUUCAUGCUGAUCACCAUGCCGGUUUGGCAAGAAUUCUUGCUCUAAGACGUGAUCUGUUGAAAGGAGUGUCUCAUGAAUCAUUGCUUGUUGUAGGCCCAGCACAACCAAAGAGAUUUUUAAAUGCAUAUCAAAGACUUGAAGAUCUAGAUAUGCAAUUCCUUAACUGUAGGUACACUACAGAAGCUUCAUGGAAUGAUUUUGAAUGCAAUGGUGAAUCAAAUAAGGAUCCCUCAACUCAAGGAAGUACUGAUAAUAAUGAGAAUUUGAACCAUAAAAAUGUGAUCCAUACUGAAUUAAAUCUGUUUGCUAAAGGAAGCUGUAUGCAAAGUUUUUGGAAGAGACCAGGAAGUCCAGUUGAUAGCAGCACUGCUUUUCCAUUGCUGAAGAGCCUGAAGAAAGUGCUCGGUGAAGCAGUGCUGGAGACGUUGGUUAGUUUUCCUGUUGUGCACUGCCUCCAGGCAUUUGGUAUUGUUUUGAAGGCAGCAGAAAGAUUAUCUAGUGUGGGAAACUUAAUACCUGGGUGGAAGAUAGUAUAUUCAGGCGACACCAGGCCUUGCCAGGAGUUAAUUUAAGCAUCCUGUGGAGCGACAGAUCUUAUACAUGAGGCAACCUUUGAGGAUGGUAUGGUGGAGGAAGCUUUGGCAAAAAACCACAGCACAACAAAAGAAGCCAUUGAAGUCGGUUCAGGUGCUUAUCGGAUUGUUCUCACACACUUCAGCCAAAGAUACCCUAAGAUUCCUGUGGUUGAUGAGGCACACACGCAUAAAACGUGCAUAGAUUUUGAUUUGAUGAGUAUUAACCUAGUAGAUUUACCUGUGCUCCCUAAAGUUCUUCCCUACUUUAAAUUGCUUUUUAAAGAUGAGAUACCAAUUGAUGAGUCAGAUGAUGUUAUUGACACUGUACGUGUAGCUUCUUGAUAAACAAUAAUUGAGUGAUUAUAGUGAUUUUUUAUGAUUCCCUAAUACUAUACUUGUUUUCUAGGACCCUUAUAAAUUCA